AUGCCACCUUCCAGCACGGGACAGCAAUUUCCAGCAUCAUCCCAAGGACUUCAAAUGCCACCUUCCAGCACGGGGCAGCAAUUUCCACCAUCGUCUCAAGGAUUUCAAAUGCCACCUUCCAGCACGGGACAGCAAUUUCCACCAUCGUCUCAAGGAUUUCAAAUGCCACCUUCCAGCACGGGGCAGCAAUUUCCGCCAGUAUCUCAAGGACUUCAAAUGCCACCUACUACAGGUCAACAAUUUCCUCCUUCAUCGCAAGGAGAGCAGCUACUGCCUCCAGGCAGAGGACAACAGUAUCCAUCUUCCUCACAAGGACAACAAUACCCGCCUUCAUCUCAAGGACAGCCAUUACUACCUCCAAGCAAAGGACAAAAAUAUCCUCCCUCAGCUCAAGGACAGCAGAUGCUACCUCCUGGUCGGGGACAACAGUAUCCUCCCUUAUCACAAGGACAGCAACUUCCACCUUCAUCCCAAGGACAGCAGACGCUACCUCCCGGUAGAGGACAACAAUUUCAGCCUUCAUCACAGCAAACUCCGCCGUUACCACAAGGUCAGCAAUUGCCACCCCCACCCCAUGGAUUAGCUUCAUCGCAAAGGCAACAAUUUUCACCUCAAGGACCGCUGACGCAACCUCAACAACAAUCCAAAGGUGGCUUAGCUACUUUUCCACCACCAAUGCAGUCACAAACACCAAAUCGCCCUCAAAAGAGUGCAAUUAAUCCUGAUGCUAUGCCAAAUCCGAUUGACGAACUGAAGAACGCUCGUACAGAAUUUCAAACGCAUGUUAAUGGUGUUUCGCCACCUCCGGUUAUGAUGAAUUAUUCAGUUAAGGAAGCAGUGAAUUGUAGUCCACGAUUUCUACGUAGUAGUAUGUACAACAUUCCAAUUUCUUCUGGAGUAAUGAAAGACACUAAGCUUCCACUAUCUGUAUGUAUCCAACCUCUGAACAAAAUUCCUCCUCAAGAUCAGCUACCAAUCGUCAAUACUUUACCUCAUGGACCUGUUAGAUGUAAUCGGUGCCGAGCAUACAUGAAUCCGUUCAUGUAUUUUAUCAAUAAUGGGCAAAGAUUUUUAUGUAAUCUUUGCAAUGGUCACACUGACGUUCCUCAAGAAUAUUUUUGCAACGUUGAUCAUCGUGGUAUUCGGGCUGAUAAAGAUAUGAGACCCGAAUUGAAUUUUCCUUCCUAUGAAUUCAUUGUUAAUCAAGAUUACUGUCGCAAUAACAAAUUUCCAGAAACCCCUGCAUAUGUGUUUGUAAUCGAUGUUUCAUACAAUAGUAUCCAAUCUGGUAUGGUUAACCUAUUAUGUAGGUCAUUGUUACCCCUUUUGGAUAAUCUACCUCGUGUUGAUGGUGCCGAUGACUCCGACAUUCGUGUGGGAAUUAUAACAUACGACAAAUCAAUACAGUUUUAUAACUUAAAAGAUAGUCUAGUUACACCCCAGAUGCUCGUGGUAGCUGACACAGAGGAUGUUUUCAUACCGCUCCUUGACGGAUUCUUUGUAAAACCUGCGGAAGCCAAGUCAAUGUUGCAAAGCGUGGCAGAGCAAAUACCGGCAAUGUUUCAAAAUUCUCGUCAUACAGAAACAGUCCUUGGGCAAGCGGUGAAAGCUGGCUUCCUUGCCUUAAAGGAAGCGGAACGCUGUGGUAAAGUCUUUCUAUUUAAUACCUCAUUACCCACCGCAGAAGCACCGGGUAGAUUAAAGAAUAGAGAUGAUCGGAAAUCGUUGGGAACUGAUAAGGAAAAAAAUUUACUUCAGCCACAAAUUCCUUUCUACAAGAAUUUGGCUAAAGAAUGCGUAAAGCAUGGUGUUGGUGUAGACCUAUUUCUGUUUCCUAAUGGAUACACUGAUGUUGCCACAAUCGGAUGUCUCAGUUCUGUUACUGGUGGUUCGAUAUACAAAUACAGUCAUUUCAAGGCUGCUCAAGAUGGUGCACGAUUUUGUUCAGACCUCUCAGCAAACCUUAACCGUGCUGUUGGCUUUGAUGCGAUAAUGAGAUUGCGAACGAGUGCAGGCAAGUUUAGAUUCGCCAGCAUCCGUCCAACAGAUUUCUAUGGAAAUUUUCAUAUGGAAAACGUGACAGAUAUCGAAUUGGCUACUGUAGAUUCUAGCAAGUCUUUCAACAUAAUAAUAAAGCAUGACGACAAACUGGAAGAGAACCGUCUUGUACAUUUGCAGGUUGCUCUCUUAUAUACCAGCAUUAACGGUGAAAGAAGGCUAAGGAUACACAAUAUUUCAUUUUCCGUUGGAGCUACAGUGCAAGACGUCUAUAAAAGUUGUGACCUAGAAACUGUUCUCAGUACUUUCACGAAGAUAGCCGCCUACAAUCUGCCAUUAAAUUCUCCAAAGAAUAUCAGAGAAGAAAUAACGUCACAAUGUGCACAAGCUUUAGCCUCAUAUAGGAAGCACUGUUCAACAGGAUCGCCUCCUGGCCAGUUAAUUUUACCAGAAUGCUUGAAGCUUUUGCCAGUUUUUAUCAAUAGCUUUCUAAAUAGUGACUUAAUGAGAGGGGUGGAGAUCUCGAUUGAUGAUAAAAGUUGGCUACGACAUUUAAUGAAUAGUAUGAAAUUGGAAUCUCUAUUGACGUCCUUAUAUCCUCGUGUUCUGCCAUUGCACAACUUAAACUUAGAGAGCAGCAACGAGCCCUCUCCUAUCCGUUGUACUCGAGAUAAACUGGAAAAGAAUGGUGCAUACUUCUUAGACAAUGGGCUAGUGCUAUUUUUGUGGAUUGGUAGUAAAAUCGACACGAAUUGGCUUAUGAAUGUCUUUGGAAUUCCUUCUUUUGCUGAGUUGCAGCCGGAAUCCAUCAAUACAAUAAUAAAGUUAGAUAAUCCAUUGUCUGAACAAAUUCACCACAUCAUGGGACAGAUACAAGCAAGAAAGGAUCGCUGUUUGAAGCUAAUUAUUGUCAAAGAGGAAGAUAGAAUGGAACCAUGGUUUAAUUAUUUCCUUGUGGAAGAUCGUAACCGUAAUCAUCCCUCUUACGUGGAUUAUCUCUGUUUUUUGCAUAAGCAAAUACGUGAACUACUGGAAUAG